AUGAAAAAUGAAUUAUUUAGUAGCAAAAAUCCAAAAGUCUCUAAUAAAAUAUUUGAAGCCCCAAUUAGAACAGCAUUUUAAUCAAAUGCUGGAGAAAAGGAACCUGAUCCAUUAGCUGUCUAAGAAGUUUAAAAGGCUGCUGUUCAUUUUUUACAGAGAGUUUUGGAAAAAUCGAUUAAAAGGUCAAUAGAAAAAUAAGAAGAUAAUUUAAAAUUAAACAUUGAAGAUGUCAUGUAUUAAUUUAGAGUUAUAAUAAUGUAAUAUAAUAUUUUAGAAUUAACCAAAGUUUUUAGAUUUAUGUGCAAGAAAAAUAAUUUAUAUUAGUAGAUUACAUGACAUGAGUAAAAAAAAAUCAUAUAUGAAUGAAAAUGCCCAAGAUAAAGAAGAAGGGCAAGAAGAAAAGGAAUAUGAAGAAGAUGCCAAAGAAUUUGCAAUUAAUUUAUAUGCUGGCUCAUUUAAUUGAUUUUGACGAAUAAACU